AUGGCGUUCUAUUGUGCCUCAUGUGGAGCUAAUUUAAAGCUUGAGGACAAUUUCUGUACAUUUUGUGGAAAUAAGAAAAAGGUUAAAGAAGAAGAGGAAGUAAAUAUUCGCAUAAAUGAAAAAUUUGCUCUUAGCGACUUUCAAAAGUAUAAAACUGUCGAGAGGAAAUCUAGGUUCAAAAGAAAAUCUUUUGCACCGAUAAUUUCCAAUAACUCUCUUAAAAAAAGUCGUUCUAUUGAGAAUGUAACAAUAAAUGUUGGUAUUAUGAAAGAUAAUUGUAAAGAUGAAAUUAACAUUGUGAGGGGAAGUAAAUUGCCUAUACAUGUCCCAAGGCAAGGUAAUGCAAAGAUGGUUUUUGAAAUCGCUUGUGGAAAACAUGCAGAUCAUAACCAAUUUUUUGAUUAUAACGAUAACUGGGUACUACUAUAUCCUGAUAAAAAAAAACCUGAAUAUGUUCCAGGCACUAACUCUUUGUUUACAGUUGAAAAGUAUAAAGAAAGUUUAAACAAACCAUUUUCAAAGAUAGACUUAUAUCUGUGUAAGCAAAGUAUUUUAAAUCUGGAAAAUAAAGAAGUCACCGAUUUAAAUAAUGACAGCUCUAUUUCGGAUUUAGAUAACUUCUGUUUUCAAUAUCAUAGUGAAGAUUUCAAUAAUAACACUUUGUCAAAUAAUUAUCUUGGAGAUUUUCCAGAAAAAUUAUCUAUUGAAAAUAAUCAAUCAUUUUCUUAUUUUGGUGUUGUUGACAGUAAAUCUGUAAAAAAUUUUUCAAGAUAUUUCUUCCCAACAAACAGCCAGUCAAUCUAGUUCAGGCGUCAGCUGCGGUCUUUGUCCUGUAUGUAAUCAAAGGUUUCCUUUUUCAGUGCUUGAACAACAUGCAGAUAAUUGUUUAAAAAAUAAAGAAAAGCAAAUAGUAUAUUUGAUUGAUUCUGAUGACUCAAUUGAUUUGACUAAUAGUUAUGAAAAAGAACAAGAUUUUGAUAAACCUGAGAAUAUAAAUGAUCUUAAAAAAAAGAUUCUAGUUUUAAUAAAACAACUCAGUGAUAUACAUGAUGGCGAUGUCAGAAUAAAUGUUCGUCGUCAAUUUGAAUUUGAAGACUUCCACAAAUUUUUUACUAAAAGUUGGAACAAGGAUAAAAUCCACAAUUUAUACAAGUUUUCAUUUGUUGGUGAGCCUGCUAUCGAUACAAGUGGAGUGUCUCGAGAAUUCUAUUCAGGUUAAAUUUAUAUGCAGAGUUGUUAAUAAGGCUAAAAUAUAGCAAGGCUAAUGUUAAAUGUUACUUAGCAAACAACAAGGCUAAAAUGUUUCAUGACCAAGGAAUUAAUUCUUUUAAUUA